AGAUUCAGCAGUUUCUUGGAAACCGCACUCUUCUUCGUCUCUCUCUCUCUCUCUCUCUCUCUCUCUCUUCUCUCGCACGCAAAAACAUUUGGGAUAUUUAUUUCUCCUCAAACUUUUGCUUCAACCCCCAAUCAUGGCGCAAAUGAAGCUUUCACUUUCGCUUUUUCUCUCUCUUUUUCUUCUCCUUGUUUUUUCUCCUUCUUCUUCAUUCGCGAAGGUUUCAAUAUCUUCGAAGUUAGCAUCGAAGCAAGCUGAGAAGUUGAUACACGAGCUCAAUUUGUUCCCAAAAGAAUCCGAUAAUAUCGUCGAUCGGGAUCCAUUUCCCACCGCUGCUUCUAGAAUCGUCGAGAAGCGAUUCUCAUUCCCUAAUUUGGCGAAUUCUAGUAUAAUAUCCUUUGAAGAUUUGGGGCAUCAUGCCGGUUAUUAUAAGAUUAAGCAUUCUCAUGCUGCUAGGUUGUUCUAUUUCUUCUUUGAAUCACGAGGUAGUAAGGACGAUCCUGUUGUUAUCUGGUUGAGUGGAGGACCUGGUUGUAGCAGUGAGUUGGCCCUUUUCUAUGAAAAUGGACCUUUCUCAAUUGCAAAUAAUUUGUCACUUGUGCGGAAUGAGUAUGGGUGGGACAAGGUAUCAAACCUUAUCUAUGUGGACCAACCUACAGGUACUGGCUUUAGUUACAGUUCUGACAGACAUGAUAUCCGUCACAGUGAAGCAGGUGUUAGCGACGACUUGUAUGACUUCCUACAGGCUUUCUUUGAAGAGCAUCCUGAGCUUGUGAAGAAUGACUUCUACAUAACCGGAGAAUCUUAUGCUGGGCACUAUAUUCCUGCUUUUGCUGCUAGAGUACACAAGGGAAACAAGGCUAAAGAAGGAAUACAUAUAAACUUAAAGGGUUUUGCCAUUGGGAAUGGGCUUACGGAUCCCAAAAUACAAUACGCUGCAUAUACUGACUAUGCAUUGGACAUGGGAUUAAUUUCGAAGUCUGAUCAUGAUCGUAUCAACAAAAUACUUCCAGUUUGUGAAGUUGCAAUAAACCUUUGUGGUACUGAUGGGAAAAUCUCUUGCUUGGCUGCGUAUUUUGUUUGCAAUUCUAUAUUCUCUGCUGUUCGUGCCCGUGCUGGGGCUGACAUCAAUCAUUAUGACAUCAGAAAGAAAUGCGUCGGAGCACUCUGCUAUGACUUCUCAAACAUGGAGAAAUUGCUGAAUAUGCACUCUGUUAAGCAGGCUCUUGGAGUUGAGGAUAUAGAGUUUGUCUCAUGCAGUACUACUGUGUACCAGGCCAUGCUUGUUGAUUGGAUGAGAAAUCUUGAGGCUGGCAUUCCAACAUUGCUUGAGGAUGGAAUAAAAUUGCUUGUCUAUGCUGGAGAAUAUGAUCUUAUUUGCAACUGGCUUGGUAACUCAAGAUGGGUUCAGGCUAUGGAAUGGAGUGGUCAGAAAGAGUUUGUAGCAUCCCCCGAUGUCCCUUUUGAAGUUGACAGUUCUGAAGCUGGAUUGUUGAAAAGCCAUGGGCCUCUGAGUUUCCUGAAGGUUCACGAUGCUGGACACAUGGUUCCAAUGGAUCAACCUAAAGCUGCCUUAGAGAUGCUGAAGAGGUGGAUUGGAGGCACCCUUUCUCAGCAGACGACUGAGACCGAAGACUUGGUUGCUUCAAUAUGAUUUCUGAUUACGCUUUUCAUGGUAUUCAGAUAUAUGUAAAUAUUACUCUUAUCCUCAUGUUAGAUGGCCUCUUUAGCAGCCACUGAGGAUUGGUGGCCUUGUCCUGUUGUCCAAACUUUCCUUGCCACUGUACGUUUGAAUGAAAGCAAUGACAGACUUUCUGGAGACAUUAUAAAAUUCUGAAGACGGAUUUAGAAAAUAUGCAUAUAUUAUUGUGGGAUAUCUAAGAAGAUAUCUAUAUUGCUUAG